AUGGUCAAUGCUGAUGACAGCUUGGAGGUGAGCAGAGAAAUCACCUGGAAGGUGAGCAGAGUAGCCACCUUCAAGGUGCACAGAGCAACCAUCAUCCUCAAUGUAAGUCACAAAUGCCGGGGCCUUUGGAGAGAGUGUGUCACCAACAUGCAGGAUGGGGUCAGGACCUGCGACCAAUAUGACUCAAUUCUGGCUGACCACCCAGUGAAGAUUGUGGUGACACGGACCCUGAUGAUCAUGGCAGAUCUCCUGGCUGGCCUGGCUUUGGCUACACUGGUCCUUGGACUUGACUGCAUCACGUUCCUCAAGGAAGAUCCUUGUGUUAAACUGAAGAUGCGCUAUGGAGCUGGAGUCAUACUCUGCGCUGGGAGCAUCCUGGGGCUCACAGGCUCCGUGUGGUAUGCAGUGGACGUCUACAUGGAGAGGGUCAUGCUGGUGUCACACAAUAUAUUCCUGGGAGUCCACUAUGACUUUGGGUGGUCAUGCUGGCUGGGAAUGGCUGGCUCCACGGGAUGCUUUGUGGCAUCUGUCCUGCUGACCUGCUGUCUCUAUGCCUGCACAGCCGCCAGCAGCUGCUGUCAGCCCCAGAGGCAUCCCCAGCCCUGGGGCCAAACAGCCACCCGGACAGCCAUCAGCAAGAUGUACGCCAUGGAUUCCUGUGUGUGA